AAAUUAAGUUAUGAUAUAUCUGUUUCAGCGAAAUCAAAAUGUUGUCUCAGCAAGGUGCCGGAGCUGGUAAAGGUGGAGGUAGAGAUGGAGCUAUUCGCGAAGCUGGUGGAGCUUUUGGUAAAAUGGAAGCUGCUCAUGAAGAUCAAUAUUUUUACAAUUUGCAAAAAGAACAAAUUGCAAAAUUGAAAACCGACUUAACCGAUGAAAUAUCAUUUCAUAAAGAACAAAUUAAACGCCAUGAAGAUGCUAUUAAACGACACAGCCAGAAAAUCAAUGAUAUGGAUAAGCUUUAAUAGAUUUUUUAUCUACAUUGUAUUAUACACGUUUGUUACCUUUUACAGGAUAGAAGGAAAGCAAGUACAAAUGUGAAGUAUAUAAAUUUUUGUAUUUUUAAGUAUCAAUUGCUAUUAUUAGAAAGAAAAUAAAUUAAAAUUUAAUUUCAAUCGUACUAAAUAUUAAUUAUAAUUGUUAUUGUAUGUAAUUUCAAAGACUACAUUUAUAAGCACUUGUAUAAAAGUUUCAAAUAAAAGUACCAUUAAUUUAAAGAGAA